CUAGGCCUAUCAAAAACCCAUAUGGCAACACCCCAAACAGCUGGAUCUUUUGCCGCCGUGCUCUUCUCUUCGUAAAACGUUGUGAUGCAAUUUUGUUGUUUUCAGGCCUAAAAGUGAAAGUUGCCACUGAUAAGAUUCAGUAGACUGAGACUCCAACGUAAAAUUGAUCCGUGGUGACCCCGUUCCGUGUCAGCCAGGCGACGAGGCCAGCGUUUGGACCAGCCCCCAAAAGCAACCAGCCGUUCUGCAGCUGCAUUCCAAAGGGCGGCCGCACAUGGAGCGCAGGGUCAACGCCGCGCCAGAAAACAAAAACCAAGAUAGCAACCGCCGAUGAGCGGGCAUCGAGGAGUGGGCGCGGAGGCCUAACCUCAAAGCACGAGCACAAUCCGCAGCAUCAGCACCCAACUAAUCCUUGCUGUUCACACCAUUCCCAAUCUCGAUCCCGAAAGAUUCACAGUAUCCAAGGCGUAGUCAUCGUAGCCGCAGGAUGCAGCGCGUCAUGCCGGCAUCUUGGAGCAGCGGGGGCAGUCUGCUGCCAUUUCGCGUUUCCACCACCACAAAGGUUGUGCUCUUCUCACUGACCGCCGGCGUGGCCCUGAUGAGCGUGCUCUCCCGAUUUCUGCGGCGUCGCAAGCCACCGCGUCCGCCUCGUCGAGCCAGGAAGUACACGGGUCGGCGCAACCGCAACAGCAUGCGCAGUCCAAACGAUCUAAUCUCGAUAGCCGGAUCUAAGGCCUCGGCAAGAUCGGGGAGUCCUGUGGGCUCCACACUGGCCUACUCGGAUCGCCUGUCCAUGGCGUCCGGCUCGAUUGGCGUUGGUGUAUUGGGCGUACAAAAUGCCGGUCCUGGCAGCUCGGUAGUCACACAACUGACGGCCCAACAGUUGGGCAUGAUGGGCAUGGAGGCACUGGACACAGUGAUCAACUUUUGGGAGGAUGCCCUGGCGGCACACUACUCGCCCGGCGGCUUGCCCGCCCUGUUGACCACGGCGGAGGACUCGGAGUUCUGUCGUGAGAUCCAAAAUCUGCUGGAGAUGGCCUACACGCUGCAGGAGCAGAGCGAACUGCUCUUCCUGGACCAGCGCUCGGUGCUGUUCCGCGAGGAGCAUUCCAUUGACGAGGUCGAGGAGGAGGCGGGCGAGGCCGAUGACGAUCGGCGGUCGCACAAAUCGGGCAGCGUUCUCAGUCGCGCUGGUUCCGAUCCGAAUUUUGAUUCCGCGGAAAGCUUUGCUUCCGCUCUCGACCAGGUGGCGGAUCUGCGUGAGUUCGACGGCUUUAUCGAGACCUCGUACGAAGAGUAUCCGCUAUUUCAGAGUGCCCUGAAGCACCACGAUGAGUACACUGUGCCGUGUCGCACCAUUCGGGCGGAGUUGAUGCACUGCAGCACCGAUACCGAAUACCUGGCCAAGCUGCACUGCGUUCGGCUGGCCUUUCAGUUCCUCUUCAAGGAUCCCGCGGUGGGCCAGUGGAUCUGCGAUGCUGGCCGGCAAAUUCUCACUGAUCUGCUGUGUCUGGGCGAUAAGGAUACCAAGGAGUUUCUUGUGGGCUACGAAGACAUGGUGAACUAUCUGCACGAUAGCAACAACUGGCCCUGCAUCCAAAUGGAGCUGGAGCAGCGCAAUGUCAAGGCGAUGACCUUCUACGACAUCUGUCUGGACUUCAUUAUCCUCGAUUCGUUCAAGGAUCUAGAUGCUCCGCCUGCCAGCGUCACAGCGGUUGUCCAAAAUCGCUGGCUAUCCAACGGAUUCAAAGAGACGGCAUUAACAACAGCCGUGUGGUCGGUGCUGAAGGCAAAGAAGCGGAUGCUUAAGUUUCCCAACGGGUUCAUGUCCCACUUUUACGUGAUAUCCGAGCAGAUAUCACCGCUAAUGGCCUGGGGCUUCUUUGGGCCCAACGAGAACUUGCGCGACAUCUGCCACUACUUUCGGGAGGAGCUGCUCGCCUUUCUGGGCGACAUCUUCAGCUUCCAAAAGAGCCGCUUCACGACCAUCGAGGAAUUCUCGCAGGAUGUGCUCCAGCACAUGCAGACGCGCGUCAACAACAUUGGCGUGAAGUUUAGCCAGUAACUGGCGUUCACUUAAGCCUUCUAUCCAUACUUCUUGGACUCCCCUUCUAUAUAUUUUUUACAAAAGCCAUUUGGUUCGGUAGUUUCCCUAAGAAAUGCUCCACAAGUUGACUAAUUUUAAAGCCACAUACAUCCAGCCACACGUACACCAAAUCCACGCAUCGUCAUUGUAUGAAUAAGCUGCAUUUAAGUCGCCAAAACAUUUGUAAAAUAAAACUGUUUACCGCCCGCUCCGAGCGAGAAUCCA